AAUAAAAAAAAAAGAGCUAAAACUCCACAGAUUUAAUUAAUACUUUUUUCUGCAAUUGCUGGGAUAAUUGUUGGUUUCUGCGUUGUUAUUCAUCGAGUAAAAUCCUUUUUUUGU